UAUGAAAUCUAGCGAGUACCUGAGCACCAGACUCGACAGUGUCAUGGAGUUGAUGGAGAAGGGUUUGCUGAGAUCAGGCCAGGGGAAUCUCACACUCACUAUCAAGGGUGUCUGCCAUAGAGGGUCUGUGAUGCAGGAUGGCCGUAUUCACUCUAGGGAGGGCACAUUUAAAACCCCGACAGGCUGGGUGUCAAAGGUGACUGGGGUGAAGGUCAAGAAACAGGCUGCCUAUGAUACGGUGAUGUUUAAGGGUGUACCUCUGUCCAAACUGCGGACAGCUUCUGUCCCAUCAGGAGUUUCAGGUGAAGAAGGGACCGAAACAUGCAAAGAUACGCCAGGAGAUUAUGGAAUAACCUCAGCUGUCAGUCAUCUCUGUGGCGUAUCCAGUGGCAACUCAGCUGUAGGUAACAAGAGCCAGGAGCCUGUGAGGUGGGGGAAGUUUCUGGUGAACUGUAAAGUGUGCCUGGUCUCUGAUCAUGAGUUAGCUUUGUCUGAGAGUUUCUUAGGCAGUGAUUUCUGGACGGAGAACUUUGAGCGCUGUCACCUGAGUGAGGAAUUGUGGGAUAGUAUAACAAAAUGGUGAGGAACAUCACCAACAAAAAUUGCCGGCAAAAUAGUCCUUAUCGAAACAGUGUCUUCUACACUCAUCUGAAACUUAAAGUGAAGAUAAAUGGUGCAACAAAGUCAAUUCCAAUCACAGCCCCAGGCACAAAACUAUUUUCAUGAAUUUUUCUUCAAAUUUCUGAUUAUGCCAUAAAAAGCCUUUAAAGUAGGAUAACAUAUGGUGGCCUUUUUGGACUGAGGCUAGAUCUAAGUCACCUGAAGUUUCAUCACUUUCAGUGUGGAGAAAAGGCUGAGUUUUGUUGUCCAGAAAUGUACAAUUAUGAGCUCUUUUUCCCACAAUGCAUUAGUGUUACAUAAUAAACGAUUUCUGUAUUUAGGGUUGGUAGGGAGUAGGGAUGCAAAAUGCGCAGACAGCCAGAUUACUGAAUAUGCUGGAUGAAUUUCAGAAAGUACUGAAAGAGAAAUUUAGGUUUCUGAUUAGACUGAUGUCACACGCACUUAAUUAAUAAGAAUUUCCCUUAUUUGUCAAAGAACAAAACCCUUAGUUUGAAAAUAGUUAUUUUCUGUAAGCACAUCUCUGACAAGCUACUUGAGGAUCAGUCUAAUAUUGAGUUUUAAUGGAUUUUCAGGAUGUUUCAGAGACUUCUGACAUGCAAAUGUGCAGCUAUGACAACAUAUAGGCCAGUCACCAAAAACACACAGGAGAUGGUUUUAACUUAUCUGUUUGUCUUAUUGGACCUGGGUGUAUUAGGACUUAACACAAGAUUUAACUUUAAGCCGAGUCUUCGAUUAAUUAACAGCACAUUACACAUGAACUAAAUCUACUGCUGUUAUAGUUUGACUUUCAAAUGGUAUUGGCUGCUGAAUUUGGCUAAAAUCUUAAAUAUAAAAAAUGACUUAACAUCAGCAUUAGCUAAGUACACUUUCAAAUGACUUGGCCUUGGGGUUUAGCGCUAAACUGAAAGUUACUGUUAACAGGUAUUAAAAGACCUUCUAAAACUUUGCUUUUGACAAAGUUAGUCUUUUUUCUGGAAAGUUCAGGUCACCUCUGAAAAGUGUUUUCAGAUUUGUUUCAAAGAUAAGAACUUCUGAAAUAUAUGUUUCAGGACUAAAAGUAUUAUUUUUUCAUGACUUCUGUUUGCUGGUAAAAAUGCAUUUUUGUAUGGUUUUUUGUGGCAUAUAGAGUAUUUCAUUGAUAUGAUGGUGGGUAGGUUUAUUGGUGAAGGAAACAAGGGAAAUCUCAGGGGAUCUCAAGGGAAAUCAACUCCCUUUGCCUAACGAUACUCAAUACAUAAAGCCUCAACUGAAUCAAAGGGGGGCAGAAUGUAAGCAUGCAAUGUCACUGGCCAAAGACCAAUCAACUCUAGCUACACCAAGCUUUCAGCCCCGCCAGGGUCCCAGAUGGCUUCAAGGCAGACAGUUUCAGGAAGCUAAUAAUGGAACACCAACUUCCCUUUGUGGUUUACAGGC